GGCGGGAAAUUUCCAACCGGUCGUUCGCGCGAAAUUUCAAAAAGCUUUCCUCCGGCUGCGGGGACCUUUCACCGAUUCUUGUUUUUAAAAAGAGGGGACUGAAAACCGGGAAAGAUUUUUAAUUCAUGCUUUCGGGUAAAUAUUUAAGGGGGAAGGUGAAACGUCAGGUAUAUCGAUAAAUUGCCGGAUUUCGGGCGGAAAGGCUCCGCGCGCCGGAGUUUAACCGGGAUUUAAAAUGUCGGUGGCCGUGCAGGUGGCCGGUUACUCGCCCAGCUUUAAGAAGCCGUCGGAGACGCUGAGGCUGAGGAAGAAGCGGGCCCGCAGCUCUCCGCGGCUCGGCCUCCCCUCGGAGCCACCGUCGCCCGCUGGCGAAGGGGAGGAGCCGAGCCCCCGCGGCAAGCGGCAGAGGAGGGCGAGGAACCCGUUCGCCAACAUCGGUAACACCGAGUGCCGGCCGGGGGCUGGAGCCGGGACCGGCUGGCCUGAGGAGUCCGACAACCCGCUACACCGCUCACUCUCCGCCCGGGAGUGGAGAGCCCCGGCCGCCGCCGCCGACAGAACUGAACCGGGGAGUAAGCAGGAUGCUCAGGUGUCCCCUAUAAAAGAUGAAGAUUCUGUGUGGGAAGGCGAAGAAUUAAUUUCUCAACAGUCAGCUCCUGAACUAACAAAGAACUUGCAAAGUUCCAAUGCAUUUUCUGAACACACAUCUUUGCCUAAAGAGUUUCCUGCAGAUUGGAGUGUCAAGACGUGGGUACUUUUCAAAUCUCCUCAUCCUUUUACUUGGACAGGUCAUCUCAAAGCAUCAGAGGAAGCCAAAGGGUUAAUACAGCACUGUCGUUCCUCAGUGAUUGAUUUCCCUCUGCAUAUAGAGGACCCAAGGUCAUGCACAGAUUUACGCUGUGCAUUCCAGCAGAGUCUUGUGUACUGGCUUCACCCCUCACUGCCAUGGCUAUCACUUUUUCCUCGAAUAGGAGCAGAGCGGAAAAUGGCAGGCAAGAACAGUCCAUGGUCACAAGAUGAGGAACUCCAACAAGUGCUGAUGAGUGAAUGGUCGCUCAGCUUUAGUUCAUUAUACAAUUUACUACGAGCCAAACUUUGCCCCUAUUUCUACUUCUGCACCUAUCAAUUUACAGUGCUGUUCCGGGCACCAGGAGUUGCAGGAAGUGGUGUGCUUACAGCUGUUAUUUCACCUACAACAAGGGGUCUCAGAGAAGCUAUGAAAAAUGAAGGAAUCAUAUUUUCUUUGCCCUUAUUGGAAGAUGAUAAAAAUGGGAAAAAAGAAAAAAAUGGAAUUACAGGUGUGAGAAAAGACACUCUAGGUCCUGAAACACAGGAAGAAAACUCCGAUGUUCUCAAAGAACCAGCUGGUAGUAGUGAUGAUGAUGAUGAUGGAGGGAUGUCCUGGCUCAAAGAGAUGGGAGUGCAGGACAAAAUUAAGAAGCCUGAUUCUGUAUCCAUUAAACUUCGUAAGGAACACAAUGUUGUGCGAAUGGACCAUAAGCCCGAAUCAGCUGUACUGGUGAAAGGCCUUCAUACUUUCACUUUGCUAAACUUCCUGAUAAACAACAAGAGUAUUGUAGCUGGAUCAGGGCCCCAGGCAGGGCUUCCACCAACUCUCUUAGCACCUGUUGCAUUCAGAGGAGCCACCAUGCAAACAUUAAAGGCCCGAAGCAUUAAUGUAAGGACACAAAAUCACUCUGGAAUGAUGGACUCCCACAGCCUUGAGAUCACUGGUCCCAUCAUGCCUCACUCACUGCAUUCUUUGACACUGAUGUUGAAGUCGGCACAGAAAGGAAGAUUCACAGCCAGCCUUCUUGCACAUGAGCCAACUUCGGUUUUUAAUGUUGCUCUUAAAAUGGAGCAACAAGAAAACAAGGAGCUAUCUUCAGAUGAAUUACGCAAUAGCGGUCUACAUCCUGAAACAUUGAAUCAACUCAUGCAGAAGCCAACAUUUGGAAAAUCCUCUUUGAAGCAUCUUGAAAUGAAUGAGUACACAUAUACCUGGAAACUGUAAACUGUGCUAGCAAUUUUAAUGGUAACUGUGAUUGUUCUUUCACUAGAUGCUUUUAUUCUCCAUGUCGAGCAGCAUACAGUUGCAAGGCUAAAGUACAAAUGAGUUUCAGGUGUGAAAGCUGACUAAAGCAAUGAGGGGUCAACAAAGUGACCAUAUCCUUGGCCUGUUCUUAAUGUAGUAUUGUACAUUUAAAUUGGCUACAUUAUGAUAUUGUUUAUUUUAAUGCAUUUAAUAAAUGUAUUUCAUAUUUUUAAUAUUGGUCGCCUCACACAGAUAUCUGAACUGCCACCUCUGAUUUUAACUAGAAAGGCAGCAAAUGAGAUCUGUGCCCUUUGGAAAAGGUGUGGCAUUAUUAAGUAGUUUGACAACUGCUGUCUUUAAGAGGCAGAGUGGUUGUUUAACAAAAUUGCAUUUAAUUUUUGUUUUAAAUUGAGUAAAUCUGUAUUAUCAAAUCAUGAACUGGUAUCCAGAAUCUUGAUUUCCUUUGUUUAAUGUUAGGUUUUUAACAGUGGACUAUAAUGCAGAUAGCUUUCACAUUCAUUCGUAUUAAAUAUUCAACUGUUGAUUAAUCUUGUCAAGUUCACUUCAACUUGAUUGAUUAUGGAUGUGAUUGAAUUGUAAAAAUUUAGUUUCGUAUCAGUGUCUAGCUUCACAAUAAUCUGUCAUCUGUUUGCAUGAGGUUCUCCAGAGGGUUGUUUUAUUCACCUUUUUGAGUAGGAUAAAAUUUUAAUUUUAAUCAUUCAGCUUUUUUGUUUAAACACCUGUUUAGUCAAAUAAUAGACAUCUUUACGAAAUGCAAUUUCUACGUCAGUCACUCCAUUGUUCAUCUGGUUGUUCACCUGUUCAAACUUGUCAGUUGUUGUAUAAACAUUAUUUGAACAAAGGAUAAGCCUGAUAGCCGAAUUGGCUUUUCAGUUAUGCGUCAGCACAGUCAAGGGUACCACACAAAAAGCUUAUGCAUGUCCUAUUGGAGACUAGCUGCCCUUCUGACCAUUUCCGGAAAGAAGCUGUAGGAACCACAUAUUUUUAAACUUUCUAAAUCUGAAUGUCAUAUGGCAUUUUGCUCAUUCCUUUUAUCUGUAAAGGAGAUGUUUGCAGUCUGUUCACUUUCCUGUAUGCAUGUCACUGUGAUCAAGAAUGACUUGUUUGAUCUAACCAGUGAACAAUAGUGAUGCAGCUAAAGACAUUUCAGUUUGUAGAAAACAUAUCAGCUUUGUGAAGUCAGUGAUUUUGCAAACAAAUGUCUAAAAAGCAAGUGCAAACUUCAGACAUUAGUACAGCAAACUUACUUUUAACUGGCACAAGUUAUACACUUGAAAUACUGCAAGCUUACUGUAUUAUCACAGUGUGAGUAUAGUCGUCUGAGAGAGAAGGCUCCCUGCCAGAAAGUUUUAAAUAAUGCAACUUUGCCUUAAAUAUGAUUUAUGCUAUAAAUAAAAAAAUAAGUGUGUAUAUCUCCUGCAAUUUCUAUGACUGUUUUUAUGUGGACCUUUUGACCAAAUGUAUACUCCUUGUCCCACUAGUGCCAGUUAAUAAAACGUUUGCUGUAAUUACUUAGUUUUUACUUAUUUGAAAAACAUGGACUUAAGAACAAUUAGGUUUUAAUUGAAAACUGGGUGUUUUGCUCAAAUUAAAGAUAUUAAACGCACUUUUGGAGAUAUUGCCUUUAUAAUUGCCUAAGUAUAUUGUUUAUAAAGGAUUAUACUUACUA